CGGAAAUUACAAUCCGCCAUUAUCGUGUAUUCAGACAGGUAUAUUUAUCAACAAAGUCAGUUUCAUCAGGAAGUGCUACUUGAAUAUAAGUCACAUUUUCUUGAUAAAUAUAUGUCAGUCCAUUUCUGAAGCAACUGUAUGUGAUCGAAUGCGUAAAUUCGUAUAUUUGUACGACGGAAAGACGCGGGGUCGAACUACCCGUGAAAUGACUCAUCUUCACUACUCUAGCUAUGCUACUGAUACUGUGGAUGUAUGAUGUUUUACAGUAUACCUAUUGCAGGUACUUCUGUUGACAUAACUUUACACCGAAUAUCACGUUGGACAGUCGUUCGGAAACGUGUACUGCAUGUGGGCAAGACAUCUGUCAGUGUCAACAUCACUGGUUUGCAAUGACCCCAGGCAGUUGCUGUCAGUAACUUGAUUAAGAGCCAAGCUGAUCUGGCUUCUAAAAGUUGACUUCUGAUUUAUACUCAUUUAAAUAUCUGUAUGUAAGUAACUUCUUGAAUCAAUAGUGCGAUGAGUACCUCCUCAUUACCUUCGUCGGUGUCGGGUAGUGCGAGAGGGACACCUGUACCCAUGAACACGUCGGGAUCAUUCUCACCUGGAUCACUACCAUAUAAGGCACUAUCCACCAGCCCCUCUGUCUUAUCACUAGCAAAAGCAAGUGACGAUGAACUAAGACACAGAGGUGUAGAGGAACUUGUUCGUAUUGUUCGCCAUAUAGAAUCUGAAAUACGUUCAACUUUGGCAGAACACAGCAGCAUUAUAAAGGAUGUGAAUAGGAGAAUUCAGAUAAAUGUUUUGGAAAUAAGGGGUCUCAAAGACAUCAAUCAAAAACUGCAAGAUGAUAAUCAAGAACUGCGUGAUUUGUGUUGUUUUCUGGAUGACGAUAGACAACGUGGUCGUAAACUUGCGCGUGAAUGGCAGAGGUUUGGUCGAUAUACUGCAAGUGUUAUGCGUAGUGAAGUUGCAGCCUACCAGGAAAAGCUGAAAGAUUUAGAAAUGAAACAGGAGGAAUUGAUCUCUGACAAUGCAGACCUAAAAGAGCUGUGUUUGUACCUGGACCAGGAGAGGCUGGGGCCAUCUCAAGUGCGAGAUGAUGGGGACGGGAGCAGCAACAGUACAGCAGCGGGUGCAGAUGAGACUCCUCAAAUGGCUAUCAACACUUCAAAUCUUAGUGCACCUGACACCUCAAAUGAGUUCUGUGAUAGUUGCUUCAAGAGGGCAGAAAGAAAUAUUGGUGAUGGAUACAGAGCAACAGAUAGGAAAUCUCCAGCCACCUCUAAAGAUCACAGAUCUGACAAGAGUCCGAGUCCCUCCAAGCAGAGAACUGCACCAGUUGGGAAUUUGUUGGAGGGAUACAGCAACAAUGUUCAACAGGUCAAGGGAUCAAGGUUAUCUGAGAGUCCUACCAAACCAGAGGCGGUGGUCAGAGCUAUGAAGGUGUUGGAGGUACACGAACAGUUGGAGAGGCCCCAGACUGAUGUUGGGGAGGAGAACUUAGGAGACUCAGAGAAGGCUAUUGUUAGGGAAAUGUGUAAUGUGGUGUGGAGAAAACUAGGAGAUGUUGGACCUGAUCGAGCUUCAGAUCAAGACACACCUCAGACCCAACAGCAUGUGUAUGAAAAUCUCCCCCCAAGACAGGCCUCAAAUCCCCCUCCCCUACCCCCUAGCCACAGACAACCCCCAAAACCCCCAUCCUCAUUACCUGUGUCACAGCCGAAACCUCCUCUCGUUAGGUCUCCUCCGUCUGCACAUUCCUCCACUCCACCUCCUCCAUCUCAUAUUCAGGCUUUACCUUCACCAAACUUCACCCCACCUCAGUCAGCGCCACCCUAUACAUCUGUCACGUUUGAUAGGGCAGUCAGCAGUUCACCUAAGCAGUUUCCCACUUAUCACAGUCCCCAGGAUGGAUUAAAUACUGUGCCUUAUCCGGGUACUACCCAUACUGUCCACGCCCAGGCUGUACCUCGCCCCCAACAGUAUCAGCCACCCCCUCCCCCACCCCCACCUACACAGCUUCAUGAACGACCUCUUCCUCCAUACCAGCAUUACACAGAGCGUUCUCAUCAGCCAUCACCACACAUGUUCUCAGUUAAUCAGCCUCCUUUCCAUCCAAACACUGACAGAAUUCCACCGCCUGGACCACACAAAAUGUACCCUGACCCAAAACACAGUAAACAAGACAGAAGGAAUUACACUGACCCUAGGAACUUAAAUGAUUCAAGAGACUCGCAGGGAUCAAGAGGGUCACAGCCCAGUAAGUAUUCUGACCCCCGGUAUCAAAGGGACUCUAGGGACAGAGGUACAACUAGGGAUCAAAGGGAACGGACGCAUAAUAACCAGGAUCGCCGGGAGGGCAGUGGUACAAGAGAAGGCAGAGAUCCUAUCACACAAUCAAGGGAAUCCAGUCUUACUAGGGAGUCCAACAGUAGUCUUGACCCAAGAGUAGCCAAUCGGGACCCAAGAGACAAUCACAACAUCAGGGAUCAAGUUGGACCUCCUGCUAGGGACCCAAGGGAGCUUGGAUCUCCUAGUGGUAGAGAUCCAAGAGAUCCUAGGGACUCAGGAGAGUCUUUUCCAAGUAGGGACCCUAGAGAACAUGGCCCACCUCCAAGUAGGGAUCCUAUGGAACCCCCAGGUAGAGAGAAAAGGGACUAUGGAGCCCCAGGUGGUAGGGAUUCUUGGUAUCCACCAGACUUCCGACAGCAAGAUCUUCGUAGCAACCAUGAUCCUCGUGGCCAUUUUGAAAGAGGAUCCUAUCAUUAAACUUUGAAAGGUGCUUAUUGUUUUAGUAUACAAGGGCUAAAUCUGAAGUUUUUUCUCUCUUGGCUUAGAGUGCCAGUGAGCUUAUGGUAUGGUGAGGCGUCCAUCUGUCAACUUUCUGUGCACAGCAUUACCCUAAAGAAAGCAAAGACCCAGGUUGAUGACAUUUGACCAGACACUAGUUGGGAUGCAUUGCAAUAAAUUUUCCUCAAAUCAAUUAUCUUUACCUUUUUUUAACGUCACAGGGGUCAAAUAUGAUUAAAACCUCCAACAUUAUUAUCUCAAAGGUCCUGAGGUCUAGAGCCGUAAAACUUGAAACAUCUUAACAGCUUUCUUGGGUAAAAUGUUAUCAUGACUAUCGUAAGGGUUAAAAGCCCAGCGAUAUAUGUUCAACUUGUUAAGUUGAGAAAGCCUAGGGGCAUAAUAUUUGCAAGUAGGCUCUUUGUAGUACAAAUUCAAUUUUCUCUUAUAAAUUCCCUUGACCUACUUACAAGGUCACAGGAGUCUAGUUUGUUAAAAAUGUUACAUGUUGUAGAAUGUCUAUUUGACAUUUCACUGUCAUUUAGUCGGCAAACGAUAUGGAAAGUUUUAUGCAUGAUAUUAAACAGUCCAGGUGAGUGUUGCAGGCCCUCUGGACUUGUUAUUAUAGAAUUUACAUAUUUGUAUAGGUCUGCAAAUGGUGCAAAGCAAUACUGAUUAAUUUAAAUGUUAAAGCAUGUGGAUAUUUCAUAAAUUAUUUAUUGAGAGGUAAUUAUCAUUUUGUGUAUGAAACUAUGGCAGCCUUGACAAUAAGAUGGCACAUUUACUUGCUUGCAUUUUGUCACUUUUUUCUUUAUAUUAAUAAUAUUUUCAUUGGUGAAUUACAGACCUAGCAAUUCUUCAGUAAAACAUACUCGUUCUGUUAAUCUGCAAGUCUUAUGAUAUCAGUUCAGAUAUCCUUUUUUUUUGUCAAUUUUUGUCCAUAAGUCCUUGAAUGAAAUUCAAAAAUGUACAUAUUACACAACGUUUCACAUUUCAAUUAUACAUGGUAGACAAAGAUAAUGUUACCAUGGACUUCAUUAAUAUUUCUUGUCUAGUAUUUUCAAUUUUUAGCUUUCCAUCAUCUGAUAGUGGGCUAUUCAAAUCGUCCGUUGUCUGUCCAUCU